AGAGUUUAAUCUGAAGCUUGUAGAUGAUGAAAAUGUUUAAAUAUCAGUCAGAUAUUUGUCAGUUCAACUUAAACUGAUUAUUAAAAAGCAACCGCGAAAUUCGGGGCCAAGUGGCGCGCACUCUUGUAACCGAGUCUUUGCUGCGAUGCGCGGCCCCUUCUCAAGUUACGGAGCUCAAAGGGCGAUAAGUGAUCGCACGGGAGGAUGGAGCGGGGUCAUUGGGCGGCGGGAAGCUGCAGAGUAAAUCGUCGCUCGGGGGUGUGUGAGGGUGGGGGGAGGUGCGAACUCGUUCACUCUAAUACUGUACUCAGGAGACACACGCUUUCUCCAACUUCCGGACGAUUGCUUUGAUCCGUCGCGGAAUAUUUGAAUGUAAGGGCUGAGCAGCUCCCGGUUCAGCAGCCUGACGAGAGACAGUCACUUCAGGUUCAAAGCUGCAGCAAAACUUGCUCUCUUAACGAUUCUCCGUUACUUUCUUCCAAAAUGCCAUGCCGUGGACAGUUCCAGUGACGCACGGAGGGAAGAAGAUGACACUGUUCUGUGGCACCUCCUUCGCUUUCACACAAUAAGAAAUAAUGAUUGUACAAUUUCUGAUUGAGCAUGAGGACAGAACGGGACAGAACAUGUUCACCCGCGGCUGCUUCUCCUGAAUUAGCAGAAUUCUUCGGGCCAUCCAAUGACCGCGUAUCACUUGGCUGCACUCUCUUUCUCCCUCCCUCGUUGUGUGCCUCAGGCUGUUGGUUAAGAGCACUCAGUGGGUAAUUAUUAAUAGAUGUCCCUGGAUAGAAAGUGCCCGUGUUUUGAUGAGCCUUAUGAUAAACCUAUGCGUAUGUGAUGUGGGCAUGUUGUGUGUGUCACUUCCCAGCCAGAUCCCCUUCACUUCAACCACAGCAGGAGCCCAAGCCAUGCCUGUCACGCACCGGCCAGCAGCAUGAAGCCACCAACGUUUGCUCUUCUCCUCCUUUGCCCAUGGUUGCUGACUGUGAGCGGGGACCCUGGGGCGGGAGCGGGAACUUGGGCCAGGUUUGCCAGCCUGCCCUAUCCUGAGGACAAACUCUUCCUGCACGACACUUUCCCCGAGGGCUUCAUUUGGUCGGUGGGGACAUCAGCAUACCAGACAGAAGGUGGCUGGCGACAGGAUGGAAAAGGUCAGUCGGUCUGGGAUACCUUCACUCGCAAGCAACUCCGUGGCAAUGGAGAUGAGGCCAGUGACAGUUACAAUAAUAUAGAGGGGGAUGUGUCAGCCAUUCAGGCUUUGGGUGUCACACACUACCGAUUCUCCAUUGCCUGGUCCAGGAUCUUUCCAGAUGGUCUGGUGUCACAUCACAAUGAAGCUGGGCUGAGCUACUACAUCCAUCUGAUCCAAAGACUCCGGGACAUUGGUGUUGAGCCCAUAGUGACUCUGUAUCAUUGGGAUCUGCCCCAGGCUCUCCAGGAUAUGUACGGAGGUUGGAUCAACGAAACCUUGGUGGAUCGCUUUAGUGAAUAUGCGGAGUUCUGUUUCAAAGUUUUAGGAGACCGAGUGAAGUACUGGAUCACCAUAGACAAUCCUUACGCUCUGGCUUGGCACGGGUACGGGACGGGGAAGCUCGCCCCUGGUAUUCUGGGAGGUCCCAGUGCACCAUACAGAGUGGCACAUAAUCUGAUUAAGGCACACUCCAGGACCUGGCAUAUCUACAAUGACCACUUUCGCCAGUCUCAACAGGGCUAUGUGUCAAUCGCUUUGGCUUCCCACUGGGUUGGGCCAAUAAAUGGAGACAUUAAUCCAGAAACCGUGCAGCUAUGCCAGUGCUCCAUCAACUCUGUACUAGGGUGGUUCGCCAAGCCAAUAUUUGUAGAUGGCGAUUAUCCAGCAUGUAUGAAAGAUAAGCUUAAAUCUCUACUGCCAGUUUUUGAUGAUGAAGAGAAAAUGAAAAUAACAAAAACGGCCGACUUCUUCGCUCUCUCAUUUGGACCAUUAAGUUUUCGACUUUUGGACACAAAACUACUAUUUAACCAAUCGAAAAAAUAUUUUCUGAGACAACUUCUCUCUUGGAUUCAAACAGAGUACAACAAUUCAAAAAUACUAAUUGUGGAGAAUGGUUGGGAUGACAGCAACAGCAACACAAGGACGGCAGAUGUGUAUAAUAUGUACCCAUUAAAGAACUUCCUUAUGGAAGUGCUGAAAGCAAUUAAAUAUGAUGGAGUUGAUGUUAUUGGAUACACUGCAUGGUCACUGGUAGAUGGCUUUGAAUGGGAUGUUGGUUACAAUUCCCGACGAGGAUUAUUUUACAUUGACUUUCAAAGCCAGAAAAAGGAGAGAAUACCAAAAUCAUCUGCUCUUUUCUAUCGUCAAGUGAUAGAAGACAAAGGAUUCCCACCAGUGCCAGAAAACAAACCUAUCACAGGAACCUUUCCCCGUAAUUUUGUAUGGGGUAUUUCAGAAGAUGUCAUACAGGUUGAAACAACUCCUACAACUCCCCAGUUUGUUGAUCGCAAUAUUUACCAAUGGGAUGUAAACGGUACGGGAAAGCUGGUGAGAAUUAAAGGAAUAAUUGGCCAGUCUCGCACAGCUCAGUGUACUGACUACACCACCAUCAGGCAAGAGAUCCAAUUAUUGCAAAAUACACACGCCACUCACUUCCAAUUCUCCCUCAACUGGACACUGCUCCUUCCUAGUGGUGACUCGACGCAAGUCAUCAGAGCAAACCUUCGCUAUUACAAAUGCUAUGUCAGUGAGCUUCUGCGGGCAAAUGUUACUCCAGUCAUUGUGUUGUACCAUCCCACCCUCGAGCAUCAGACUCUCCCUUCAGUAUUAAAGGCCAAUGGAGGCUGGAUGAAUCCGGCAACUGUUAAGGCUUUUGUGGAAUAUGCCAGAUUUUGUUUUAGGCAGCUGGGAGAUAAGGUGAAAUUCUGGAUAACUAUGUGUGAGCCAAAUGGCAUAAAGCACCUGGAAGGAUAUAAAACAAACUUCUCUAUUAUAGGCCACAACUUAAUCAAAGCUCAUGCUCUAGUCUGGCAUCUCUACAACAAAGAGUUUCGCAAAGCACAAAAUGGACAGGUCUCUGUUUCUCUUCAUGCUGAUUGGGUUGACCCUGCUGAUCCUUUCUCCAGAGACGACAUAGAAGCAGCUGCCAGGACUUUAGAGUUUGACAUCGGCUGGUUUGCAGAACCCAUUUUUGGUAAUGGUGAUUACCCUUUCAUCAUGCGUGACUGGCAGAGUCAAAGACAAAACAUUGCAUGGCGUAAUUCUUAUCUGCCCCACUUCACCAGUGAAGAGAAAGAACUGAUACGAGGCUCCAUUGAUUUUGUGGCACUGAAUCACUACACAACUCACAUGGUGCAUCUGGAAGGAAGCACUGAAGUUCUGGAUGACACCGAGCUCAAAGUGCAAUACUUGAAGGACACUACAUGGCUGUCUUCACCAGACGGAAGAGCAGUUGUACCGUGGGGUUUACGUAAAUUAUUAAGAUGGAUAAAGUCAAAAUAUGGCAAUAUUCCCAUCUAUAUCACAUCCAAUGGAAUUGAUGAUGACUCACCCUCCAAGGACAAAUUACGAGUUUACUACAUUCAGAGUUACAUUAAUGAAGCUUUGAAAGCAUUAAAACUGGAUGGAGUAAAUGUCCGUGGAUAUUUUGCUUGGGCUUUAAAAGAUAUUGACAAACCAGACUAUGGCCUCUACAACUCCAAUCAAGCAGCGAAACUCUCCGUUGAAUACUACCGGCGAAUUGUUGAUAAUGGUGGAUUUCCUGCGUCAAAACCACCCAAUACUAAAUGCUAUCAAGGCUUAUAUUCUUCAGAGGAAUGUAAUCCUUUCCAAUUAAGGAAACAGUUACUAAUAUUCACAUUCUGCACUUUAAGUGUUUUUACAGCAACUAUGUUUUUGAUUAUUUAUUAUUCAAAAAGAUGCAGAAAAUAUAAGUAAUCAGAUUUAUAUACAGAAAUGUGGAGAAAUGAGUCACUUAUGUGGUAAGGAGAGUGAUAUUUAAAGUAAUUCUCUGCUUAGUGAGCAGUUUGGCAUUAAUUUUGGAUUGUAACUUUGAUUUUCUAAAAAAUAUUCUCCUCUCCCAAUUUGAAACGAGCGAGUGAAGGUUUUAGCCACAAUAUGACGGAGCCUAUCCAAUGAGCAUCUACUAGACUGUGGACAAACAUCACAGUUGAGGCUACUUCACAAAAUAAUUUCCCUAAACACAAACCACCAAUUUUGAGGUAAUGUCAGAAUAUAAACAGAUGAAACUAACAUAUUUGACAUGUCCAAUUCUUGUUUUCAGUGAAGCUAAUAAAGAUCUUAGAUGUAAUGCUAUUGUUGAUUCAAUGUCAUUUGUGUUGUACCAUAACAUAAAAUUAAAAUUACUCCACUAACUGUACACAGUAGUUAGUACAUGAAAUCUUCUAACUCAGUCAGGACUGACUGUGGCUCCAAGUCUUCAUAUUAACUACCAGGUUAACAUCAGUGAACUCAGGACCUGCUGAAGACAAAAUGUGCAUAUCUCAUAUUCUGCAAGGCUUAGUACUGUAAUAGGCAACAAAUUAAUGAGCAACUGAUCACUCACCCAUGCCCAUUCCAUUUGAAUAAUUUCUUACAAUUAUGAACUUAGCUUGAAACUACUUUAAGCACAGCAGAAGACCCAAAAGAGUGACAAAGAAAACCUUUCAUGUUUGGAGCUCCUAACAGAGCAAAUAGUGAGAGAUAUGCAGAGUCAACAGUCAAGAACCUUCCCAAUUUCCAGUCAGCCUUUCCACAUAUUAUAGCACAAGUUUCCUUCGUUUGUUCCAAAAAAAAAAUGAAAGCAAGAAAUUUUGGGACGUCCCAUCAGAAAGUGGUGGAGCAUGAGUGAUGCUGCCACUAUUCCUUCCACUUCCCUUCCUCCAAAAGCCCCAAAUUGUGGAGAAUGACUCCUAAUUAUACUUAGAAUAGACAACACAAUUGAGAGUAUUUUUCAGUUCCCCUUUAAUUUGGAUAACCAUGAGUAUACUAGAAAUCACUGAUCCAAAGAUGGUUGGAUGUACAUUUCAUUUCAGUUUUUAAUGCUUGGCUCUAUUUAUUAAACUCUCAAAUAUUUACAAAAAACUUUUUUCUCAUGUUCUCAAAGUUUUAUUUGUUUAUAAUUACAUAGACAGUUAUUUACAGAUUUAGAUCCAGAGCCAAAACUUGAUUCCAAACCUAAUGCCAAGAUGCUGACUAUUUUUACAAAUGCAAUAAUCAUUGCAUUUUCACAAUCCACUUCAGACUGGAUAGAGAAAAAUAUUUUAUGGUACUUAGGCAAAUUGGCAUUGAUUUAUCAUUGAAGUGAAACAAAAAGCAGCCAUUUGCAAACCAAAUGGUAUUUAUCCUUCAUCGUCCUUUUUCUUUUGACUUCUGCCAAGUACAAACGUUUGUAUGUGUCUUGGAAAAGUGAUACACAGUAAGAAGAAAGAGGAAGACCCCAGAAAAAGGCAGCUCUUUAAAAAAAAGUCUGGAAACCAGAUGAAGGUUAAAAGGUUCUUAGACAGCAGGGUAUUAUUUAAAAAUAAGUAAUGAAUGAAUUUAAAGUUUAUUUUUAGAUGUGCAUAUUUGUGUCGCUGCUCAAGCAGUUGUUCACUGUGAUAAUGAUUGUGUUGUUUGUACAUAAAGGAUGCAGAUAAUUUUGCUUUGUUAAGAGUUGCAUGUGACACAAUGACCGAGUGGUGCCCAUAAUUAAAAAGUGCAGUGGCUCAUACU